AAGAAAAUUGGUCCUGUUGACAAUUGCCGUGGUACAUAAUUAUUUAAAAAACCGUGAUAAAUUCCUAUACAAAACCCCAUUUCCAAAACCCUAGUUUCCUCCAUGGUUUCCUUUGCUUGUGCGUUGUGCCACCCAGUCUUUCGAUACAAUGUCGACCGCCGAGCUUGCUUGCUCCUACGCCGCCAUGAUCCUUCAGGACGAUGGCGUCUCAGUCACUGCUGAGAAGAUCGGCGCCUUGGUGAAAUCUGCUAAUGUGUCGGUGGAGUCAUGCUGGCCUGGCCUCUUUGCCAAGCUCGCAGAAAAGAGGAACCUCGAGGACCUUUUUUUGAAUGCUUGCGCAACCGGUGGUUCACCUCCAGUAGCCGUGCCCCCUUCUGCUGCUGGUGCAGGUGGUGCUACCAGCGCCGCUGUUCCUGCAGUCGAGGGGGAUGAUUUCCGGUUGCUGAUAUUGUGCCCGCUACUUCGAUUGCGACUGCCCGUACCCAGGGCGCUAGCGUUGGCUCUGGCUACGACGUUAUUUGUACGGAAUGUGGCGGCGGUGUUGGUAGCCACUUUGGUGUGCGUGGUGAAGACUGUUUUGAAGGAUUGUGAUUAUUGUGGAGCGAGUGGCCAUUGGUUUGUUGAAUGCGAGAAACAUGCCAUGUUAAAAAAAAUCUAAGAUUUCCCACGUACAAGUGAAGAAAAUAUCAGUAAAUUGUAGUGUUAAGUAGAUAAUUGUACUUUCUUAUGAUAGAGAAAAUAGAGUUUGAGAAUCUCAGUCUUAAAAUAUAGUUGGACCGAUGUUGUUGAUA